AUGAGCGGAUAUCAAUGGUGGCGUGUUUAUUCAGGUGUUUAUUCAGGUGUUUAUUCAGAUAGUUAUUCAGAUGGUUAUUCAGGUGUUUAUUCAGGUGUUUAUUCAGGACUUGAUAAGCAAAAUAAUACAAGUAGCACAUAUUAUACAUAG